UUUUUCGUGCAGCGGUGGCAGCACCAGCCACCAGCAGCGCCAGCAGCACGAGAGCCAGCCGAGCAGCACGCAGCACUGUGGAUGACGUCAUUAUAGGAUUUCUGGUGUCUGUCAGUCAUUUUUGUGACAGCAGGCUGAAGUUCUGAAGGUGUUAGUGGUUCCUUUUCAUCAUCUGUUAGUGGUGUUACGAACAAUUCCAUUCCUCGAAACUUGCUCGUGUGGUAUUAGCAAAAUGAGAAGUUGAGAACAGUGAAGAGUCAUGUACGAGGAGGAGUCGACGUAGAUAUGCUUCUCUGGGAAAUUUUCUACCAUGUUCAGUGUGUCCCUUAUUGCCUCACUGCUUCUUUACGGCAGCGUAGGAGCCUGGACACAAGAUGAUUUUGAAGUGUUCGAUGCUGUAGAAGAUGUGAAUGAAAAUUUCUACUCAUUUCUCGGGCUUCCUGAGGACGCCGGUGCGGUCGACAUCAAGAAAGCUUACAGGAGACUUUCUCUGUUGUAUCAUCCUGACAAAAACAAGGACGCAGGAGCAGAAGAGAAGUUUAGAAAACUAGUUUCGGUUGCGGAGAUACUAAAGAAUGAAGAUAAACGAAAAAUUUACGACAACGUUCUGAAGAAUGGUCUGCCUGGCUGGCGGCAACCGGUAUUUUAUUACAGACGUGUACGAAAAAUGGGUGGAAAGGAGACUGCGAUAUUUUUGGUAGCUCUUUUUACCUUUGGUCAGUACAUCAUUUCAUGGGCAGCAUACUGGGAACGUAAGUAUGAGGUGGAAGAGACGGUGUUUGCAAAGUUUAAACACAGAGAUAGAAAGUCGAAGAAGACAACAGCUGUUAACGAAGAGGAGCUUCGGGCUGCAUACAUUAAUACCAUCCAGAAGCCGACGUGGAGAGACUUGCUUGUUAUAAAAUUUUGUAUAUUUAUCAUCCUCUAUCUGAAAGGUUUACCAAUACAAAUCGCAACUUGUGUACACAAUUUCAAAGAACGAAAGGAAGCAAAUGUUGAUGAAGCAAGCAGCGAUGACGACUCCUCCACUGAAGACUCACAAAUUAGGGAACGGAAGCCGAGAAGACGGACACGUUCAAUACCGGACGCUCCCGAGAUGGAGCCUUGUGUUACUUUUCCACACAACGGUCACAUCGAAGACCAUCCUAGUGCUCCAAAUGUUUCUCACGCUGAUAAAAAAGGGGAGUGGACCGAGGAGGAUACUGUUGGCCUCAUCCGAGCAAUGAAAAAGUACCCAACAGGGACGGUAGACAGAUGGCUGAAGAUAGCCGACCUUCUUAAUCGCUCACAGGAUGAAGUUAUUGCCAUUGCAAAACGGUUAAGAAAAGCGCCGUCCGCACGGAACAUUGUGCCACACGCUCAGGGAGUCACGGGAGACGACUACGAGGAUAGGCAGUCUGACGAGGAAAUGACUCGUUCCGAACACUAUGCGAGGCCUUCCUCGAAACCUAUCUCAGAACUAAAACUGGGAGGGGGUUUGCAAAAAAAAGAAGAGUGGAGUGUAGCGCAGCAAAAGUGCUUAGAAUCUGCUCUGCAGCAAUAUCCGAAAGGAACGGAAGAGAGGUGGGAUAAAAUAGCGUCCGCUGUUCCUGGCAAAACGAAGGAAGAGUGUAUGUUAAGGUUUAAGUACCUCGUAGAAGUACUCAGGAAGAAGAGGGCUGAGGAAAAGGGAAAUGCAGCAUGAGUGCAACAAAAGCUGUGGAGAAUAAAAGGAGAUUAUGCUCUA